AUUAAGAAAUAACUCUUGAGCCGGGUGUCGCUGGCGUUCUUAAGGCGCGGCAAUGAAAAAGGUCUUUUAGAUGGUCCUUGAACGAGGUGAGCAUGGAUGUGACGUCGAUCCCACAGACCCGUGGAGAGGGAUGGUAUUUGGCUCUCAUGCCCCCCAAUAUAAAGGGCCCGAUGUAUGCCUGGCUUGACCCAUCCCGACUGUACUGUAAUCAACAGGCUUUGAAGGAUUGCAUUGAGGACCUGGCGCAGCCUUUCCUGAACGACCCCGUUGACCUGGUGGCUGGCAUUGACGCGAUGGGCUUCAUUCUGGGAGCCGGCAUCGCCAACCGGCUCGCCAAGGGCUUUGUAACCGUCCGGAAGGAAGGUCACCUGUGCGUCCAAUCCCAGAGCGCGGCUUACUCCGACUACACGGGCCGGCGGAAAGUUCUGGAAAUGCGCACUGACGUGAUUAAACCAGGUACGCGGGUGCUGAUGGUGGAUCAGUGGGUGGAGACCGGGGGCACGAUGGAGGCUGCGAUCGGCCUGGUGGAGCAACAAGGUGCAACCAUUGCAGGCAUCGCUACAAUCUGCAUUGAGGACACCGAAGGUGGGAAGCGGAUCAAAGCGAAGUAUAAGUGCUCGACCUGCGUCCCCGAACACCUCCAGCAUCAGUUUAACAGCCAUCACCUAGACUCCUUCACCACCUUCCACCAGCCAGCCAGCACCCUGAAGUAAUGGAGCACAGCCAUCGCACCUUUCUUCUCUCUCCCUCCCC